AUGAGCCAGCAUAUAACCUAAAGUACCAAUCUAAACUAAUAGUAGAAAACUGAUAACUAAACGCUGAAUAGUUCUUAGAAUUAAGAUCAAACUAAGAAUAAUGAAUCAAAGGACCCAAGCUAAACUUCUCUGCUAUUUAAGAUAUUAGUUUGCGUAGGCUAUGCAUUUUUUUCAUCUCUAAUGAGCAUUGUCAACAAGACAUUGUUCAAUCAGUUCAAAAUUAAAAGUCCAGUUACUUUAUUGCUUGUUUAAUGCACAUGCAACAUUGUUAUCUGCUCAGCAAUGUUCAUAUAUAAGGAAUUUAAUUUGAAAGCAUUCAGAUCACUUGAUAAUAUCUAGUCUCGAGUACCAACUAUGUCAGAAGCUUUAUCAAAAUAUUCACUAGGCUUCAAGUUAAGUUCAUUAAACAUUAUGGCAUUAUUCUUAAGUUUGUAUGGUUCAAAAAUACUUAGUAUUCCACUGUAAUAUUUAGCAAUAUUGAAUAAUGUUUUAGAUUUCUAACUAUCAGAAGAUUGGGACAGUUUUGAUACUAAUUGGUUUGGGUACUUUGUUGUCUUAAUGACCAAUAUUUUGGGUGCUGCAUAUUCUGUUUAUUCCAAUAAAGUGAAUUCUGAGAAGAAACUAAUAACAUUCGGUGUAUUCUUUGCAAUCGGGUAUCUCAUCUUAACAGGCAACAUAGAUGAUAUAACUAAUGCAUUCUAAAACUGCAAUUCAAGUGAAAUGAAACUAGAAUUCUUAGUAUAUUUAUUCCUUUCUGGAAUUAUGGGAAUUGUAAUCUAAUUAACUAAUCUAAUGAUGGUCACAUUGGUUGAUUCAUUAGCUCCUAACUUUACAGGAAGUCUAAGAGAUGUAGCAUUAUCUUAUGCUGGAUAGAUAUUUUUCAGGGAAGAUAAAAUGAGCUUUUUGAUGGCAUUCGGAUUAUUCAUUAACUUUAUUGGAGCCCUUAUAUACCCCUUAGAUUAGUAUCGUAUUAGAUAAAGAAAUCUAUAGAGAGUAGGUGAAAAACAGAAGUAGAAUUGA